CAAGAGAGAGUUAGAUAGAGCUCUGAAAGAUAGUGGAGUCAGGGGACAUGGUGAGAAGGCAGGAACGGGGUACUGAAUGUGGAUGAUCAGUCGAUGUGGCUCAAAGGGCUGAAUGGCCUUAACCUGCACCGAGUUGCUCAUCCGCAAACUGCCCUUCCAGCGCCUGGUGCGGGAGAUCGCUCAGGACUUCAAGACAGACCUGCGCUUCCAGAGCUCGGCCGUCAUGGCCCUGCAGGAGGCCAGCGAGGCUUACCUGGUGGGGCUCUUUGAGGACACCAACCUGUGCGCAAUCCACGCCAAGCGAGUCACCAUCAUGCCCAAAGACAUCCAGCUGGCCCGCCGCAUCCGCGGGGAGCGCGCCUAAACUCCACCUCUCCACCAACAACAAACGGCUCUUUUAAGAGCCACU